UAUAUAGCUCAUCUAAGUUUAAACUACUCUUUUAGUCAAUUGCCGAAGCUCGGUUCUCGCAUUAAGCACCUGGUCGAGCAUAGUAGUGGUAGUGUAUAAGUAGUUACAAUACCUAAGUAAUAAUAGUAUAUAUUAUCCGUGUGCUCGUCGCGUGUGUGUCUACAUAUUAGAUAUUCAUCGUGCGUUCAGUGUCGCCGUGCUCGAUCUCAUCGGCUCGAUUCGCGCUCUUACACGGUUCGGAUUUAUUCGAGUACUCGUACUUAAGCACCGCCAGUGGCGCUGAACGUUUUCGCAUCGAAACACAGUAUUUACACGUACAAAACCAAAGGAUGUACGCAAUCCGGGAUCAGAAAGAUUUUAAACGGCCCGCUGUUACCACGAUCUCCAUUAGCGAUCCUAAUGAGACGAUCAGUGACUUGGAGCCACCUCGUCCCUGCGAUUUAUCGAUGAUCAAAUGGGUAUUGAUCGUGACCUUGGCAUGCUGCGCGCUCAUGUACAGCGCAAGCUCUUCGCCCAUUUCCACCGAAGAACCCGCUAAGCUGACCGCAUCGUCGGCCGAGGUCACCGACAAGGUGUCGACCGCGGCGGCCACCGACAGCGCCAGGCAGUCGGCCGAGUCCAGCGCGGCCGCCUCGCCGGCCCCGGUGUCCGAGCAGCCGCAGCCCGUGGCCGCGCCCGUCGCGCCCGCCGUCCAGGAAUCGUCGUCCACGGACGACGACGACGACGACGACGACGAUGACGACGACGUCGACUUGGACAUCACCGGCGACUCGGACGACGACGACGACGACGACGACGACGACGAUGACGACGAUGACGACGACGACGACGACGACGAAGAGGCCGACGCACCGGCCCAACCGGCCAGCGCCAACGCGGCCAACGGCGCCACGGCGUCCACCGGCACCCAAGCCGAGUCGUCCACCAACAGCGAAGACGACGACGACGAUGACGAAGACGACGAAGACGACGAUUACUUCGACAGAUUCUUCGAAGACAUCCUCGGAGAUGGAGACGACGAGGAAGAGACGCCGGCGGCCGCGGCGGCCGUGCCGGUGUCCGGAUCGGUGUCCAGCACGUCGGCGCCACAAGGACUGUCAGCGUCGGUGGCCGACUCGGCGGACUAUCCGUCGGGCAUCGCCGGUGGUGAGCUAUCGUCGAAUCCCAACUACGACGACGCCGUCGAUGACGGGGACUCGGGUUCGGCGGCGUCUUCGUCGUCGUUGUCCGACCUGGACGGGCCGCACACCGUCACCCUGUUGUCGCCCGUGCCCGGCGACGACGACCUGACCGGCGGCGGCGACGGCAACGCCGCUUCCGUGCAAGUCGUGGACACCAACAGCAUAGCGGCCGCCGCGCCGUCCGCCUCGUCGCCGGCCACGGACGACGACGAAGACGACGACGACGAUGACGACUCGGCCGCCGACGAGGACGACGACGACGACGACGACGACGACGACGAUGACGACGAUGACGACGACGACGAAGAGUCCUCAGAAUCGGAAGCCAAGAGUGUCGCCGGACGAGCGCGUGCCAUGCAGACAAACAGCAGUCCGGUAACUGUGCCGCCUUCGUACGUCGCCAAGUACAACAGGUUCGUGGACAACGUGCUGGGAAGGAUCAAUAAGAUUUUGAGGAAAAACUACGACCCGGUCAACGUGCGCCUCCAGACGCCUACGGAAUCUACGACUGACAACAAGAAGAAGGGCACCACGCAAAAGCCCAAGACUAAGAACAAGGUCGAAUCCAGAGAAGGCGCCGGGCAAGUGUUGGCGAAAAACGACACUUCUUCGCCAGCCCCUACCGUAGACCCGGCUCUAACCGAAACCGAAGCUUCUGCCAAUCAGACAGCCGUCAACGGUACCGCACGGGCACAGCGCAAACACGGCCACAGAAACCACGGCCACCACCACCACCACCAUCACCAUAAUAAACGCCAGCACCCCAGUCAAAAACAGAGACAAUCACACCCACCACACCAUCCGCAUCAACAGCACCCGCAACAACACAACCGCAAGUCCAGAGCGCAAAACAACAAACCCAACGCCGGCAACAAGAACAAGAACGCCAAACCAACACCACCAAGAGCAAGAGCUACCAUGUACGGACUUAGCACUCUUCGUCGAGACGGUGACGUCAGCGUGAACGUGAUGAACAGCCAUACCACCGUGAAGACCAAGUUCUUGGUUGGUCCGCUGACCUUGAAAGUAGAAAAAGAAUUCGGUCGAGGCGCCAAGAAGGAGAUAAGGUCAGCGACGGCUACCACCGGCGAGCUUGUCGGUCGCCUAAACAUGCGAGUGUUGAACGGCGGUGCAGCCACAUUGCACUCGAUUCGUGUACAUCAGCCCAAACAAUUGAAGGUGGAAAGCGCAGACGACCACGACAAGACCAGAGAGUACGUAUGGAGGAGAUCCAACAUGAUCGCUCAUCUGGUAUCGCAAAAACUGACGUUCGCGACGAAAUCUAUGUUGCAGCCGACCCCGGAAAAGUCGGACCUUAAAGUGUAAUAUACUAAUAGCGAAUACCUAUAUACAUAGUAAAAAUGCAGUUCGACUGUACAUAUAAUGGCUGAUUAAAUGAUAAGAUUUUUUCACUAUUUAUUUAUUUAUUUAUUUAUUUACUUAUUUAUUUAAAUUAUUUAUUUUUUACUUUAAAGACUCCAUGACAACGCAUGUUUGUAAAAAUAAACGAUUUUUCAUACUAA